AGACGCAGACCGCCGCUAUGGAGGUGGCCGAGGAGGCGGCGGGUUGCUCCCUGCGGCCCUUCUCCUGCGAGCAGGGGCUGCUGUCCCGGCCCGACGGCUCCGCCACUUUCGUGCAGGGUGACACCUCGGUGCUGGCCGGGCUGUACGGCCCCGCGGAGGUGAAGGGCAGCAGGGAGAGCCCCGACGGUGCCACGGUGGAAGUGCUGCUGCGGCCCAAAGUCGGGCUGCCCGGCGUGGCGGAGCGCAGCCGGGAGCAGCUCCUGCGGCGGACGUUUGAGGCUGUGCUGCUGGGAUCCCUGCACCCCCGUACCUCCAUCACGGUGGUGCUGCAGGUGCUGAGCGACGCCGGCUCCCUCCUCGCCUGCUGCCUGAACGCUGCCUGCAUGGGGCUGUUGGACGCGGGGCUGCCGCUCUCCUCCCUCUUCUGCGGGGUAACCUGUGCCCUUGACCCCCAUGGGGACAUCAUCCUCGACCCCACCGCCCGGCAGGAGCAGGAAGCCCACGCUGUCCUCACCUUCGCCAUUGACAGCGCCCAGAGGAAGGUGCUGGCGACCACCACCCGGGGCAGCUGUUCUGCAGAGGAGAUGCAGCGCUGCCUCGUGGCUGCCCAGCGUGCGGCCGACACCAUUUUCCAGUUCUACCGCGACUGCGUCCAGAGGAAAUACUCCAAAUCGUGACACUGUGCCCCCCCGGGACGGCCGGGCUGUCCCGCUGUGCCCCCCCAUGCUGUGCCCCCCACCCCGGGGUCAGCCGGUCUGUCCCCGUGUCCCCCACGUUUCCUCAUUGUCACCCCAAUAAAGUGUCCCACAGCC